AUAUAAAACAGCACAUAAAACAGUUAAAACUGUCAGAACCCUGCUACUAGAGCCUGGAUGUGGCUCUGAGUUUCAGGGUCACUGACAUUGAUAAGACACCUGCGUCCCAGGACUCGGAGGAGAAACGGCUGAUGGACUUGGCGGGGAAUUUGCGCGGGGUUUUACUGAGCGGGAAGAGACUGUUCAAAUGAGGGGGAGGGUAUAUAAAGGAGGGUUGGCCGGAGCCUCCCAUUCUUGGCUUUUCUGAUGUUCAUGUUUCCUACAGUAAAAGUUUCUGGUGAUAUCACAGAGAGUCUUGUGUGUUCAUUCAGGAGCGGCUGUGGUGAGCUGACACUAAGCCAAGAAUACGGACACCAUCCCGCUGUAGCGGUGAGGUGUAACAUGCAAGUGGAGGAUGAAGAGCUCUUGGGCGCCGGAGGAGGAAGGUCGGAAAGGGCCACUCCCGAGACGGACGCUGAGUUCCACCAGCUGGCGGCCCUGGCGUCAUCCACCGCUUAUGCCCAGCCAAAUGGGGUAACCCAGAGGCGCGGAGUGGUGCGGGGAGAUAGCACCGGAGGAGAGGAAGGUUCACCUUCCCCAGGCCCGCAAAAGAUGGUGUUUCUGGAGGAGAGGAUGUCGGCGAUGGAGACCACCCUGGCAGUGAUGUCGAGGGCGAUGGAGCGCCUGGCGGUUUUGGCGGAGCCGGAGCGAGGAAGGGAACUCCGGGCUAGCUCAAUGUGGGACGUGAGCAUGGGAAGCAGCCAGGGCUUUGCAGACCUCCCAGCACCGAAGGGAAGGGAAAUGCGAAAGGAGCCCGGUGCCCGGCCCAAGAUCCAAACGAGCCUGACGCGGGUGGAGGAGAGUGACGACGAAGGGGAAAAGCCUCCGAGAAUCCCGGCUACGCUCCCAACUGAGACCCUGGUGCCCCUGGCGAAUGCCGGGCGUGGCACAGGACAAAGGGAAGCAGCAGCGGGGCCCACUGGCCCGCAAGGGGGCUUGCGACGGGCGGAGAAUUGGGGAUUGCCACCACAGGGACCCCUACCGAGACGAGAGGAACUAAGGAUCGAGUUUGGGGGAGAGUCCUCUGAACUGGAUUUUUUCCUGACCACGGUGAGGGGCUAUAUGGAGGACAAUGCCCACACUUUUAGAACGGAAUCCAGCCGGGUACGGGCCAUUGGUGCAGUGUUGAAGAGGGGAGCGGCCAGCUGGUACGUUCAACUACACGCGCGGCGCGACCCAUGUCUGGGGUCACUCCGACGCUUUAUGGGGGCCCUGGAGACCCGUUUCCGAGAUCCACUGGAGCAGAUCCGGGCGAGGGAGGAGUUGAAGACCGUCUCCCAGGGGCAGAGGUCGGUAUCUGAGUAUGCGGAGGAGUUCCAAUGCCUCGCUGAAAAGGUGCCGGAAUGGUCUGCAGUGACAAAGAUAGAACUCUUCAAAGAGGGGCUCAGGCGGGAGAUCCUCUCCUGGGCGGUGCAUCGUGAUGAGCCUGACACACUGCGCGGAUGGAUUCAGCUGGCGGGGCGCAUCGAGACAUCGCUGGCCCAGGCGAGGAGGCACCGAGGAGGGCUACAGCAGCGGCCGCAGAUGAAAGAGGGGAGCCGGAAGGAGGGAUCAACCCCAGCCGGGAGGAGAACGGAGCCGACAGGGAACGUGAGCACCAGCAGGAGGGGCUGCUUCGUGUGCGGCCGUUUGGGCCACAGGGCUGCCGAGUGCUGGCAGAGAAAAGGGGAAGGCGGAGGCCCGCCCAAACCAAGAGCCGUGGCAGGGAAACGCGCCGAGGAAGAACCACCGAUGAGGCACCACUCGGGGGGGUUGGACGAAGGGGAGGAGGACGCCAUGUCAGAACCCUGCUACUAGAGCCUGGAUGUGGCUCUGAGUUUCAGGGUCACUGACAUUGAUAAGACACCUGCGUCCCAGGACUCGGAGGAGAAACGGCUGAUGGACUUGGCGGGGAAUUUGCGCGGGGUUUUACUGAGCGGGAAGAGACUGUUCAAAUGAGGGGGAGGGUAUAUAAAGGAGGGUUGGCCGGAGCCUCCCAUUCUUGGCUUUUCUGAUGUUCAUGUUUCCUACAGUAAAAGUUUCUGGUGAUAUCACAGAGAGUCUUGUGUGUUCAUUCAGGAGCGGCUGUGGUGA